UGAUAUUGAGACAACGAGUCCUCACUGAUUGAAAAGGUCAUCUGAGAUUUCAAACAGGGGAAGAAAAAAGGUUGAGAGGAAAAAGAAGAGCGAGAGAAGAAGGAGGCUUGAGGGAUGUUGGCGAGGUUGGCGAUGGCGUGCCCAGAACUGCGGCUCGGUCUCCUGCUUCUUCUUUCACUGUUUGGCCAUCUCUGCCACGCUCAGUUUACCUGGACGCCCAUUUACGUUGGCGGUGAGAGCCAAAUCGACCUCUGGACGCAGAGCAUGAGCGGCUGUUCGUGCGGCUUCAACUCAUCACAAACGGCCUGCGCGUGUUGCGUACCACGAGGUGGAUGCAGCUGCGGCGCCGCCAUGCCCAACAGAUGCACCCAGUGCGGCCUCGAAAAUUACUGCUCAAAAAUGUGCAACGUGACGCUGGACAGUAGGCAGUUGUUCAGCAAAUCGGAUCGGGGCUUCGGUCAAAUAAAGUCUCCGCAGCUGCAGGGGCCCUCCUCGUGCACCUACAGGUUCGUGCCGGACACUGGCCAACGAGUGGAGCUCCAGGUCUGGCGGAUCAUAUCCAUUGGGCGGCACAACGGCACUGCGUGCGAGGGUGGAUGGCUGGAAUUCGAAGGUGGGCCAAGGAUAUGUGGACGUGACUUACGACUGCAUCAGCCCAUUGUACUUUUCUCCGACAAACCAGAGCCGAUUUUGCGUGUACAGAUAAACGAGGUUACCGAGAGGUCACUGGUCUACGCCUUCUACAGCUUUGCGUCCACCGCGAGCACGUCAGUUGGUUGGCCGGCCAGGGGUGGCAGGCAGCUACCCGAUACCGAAUGCGAUUGGAUUUACGAGGAGCACCAGUGCCACAGGGGCUGCGUUUUAGCGAGUCCCGGAUACCCAGGCCUGUACCCGCCAAAUUCAAGGUGUCGAUAUCUCAUUACCUCCAAUCGAACUGUCACCAUCAGUAUCUCCUUCACUGCUGUUUUCAUGCCCAUGACGCACUGUACGAGUGAUUACAUCGCCGUUUACGCCGGUCAGACGACGAACAGCGCACUACUGAGGACACUGUGCGAAAAAAAGACGGGCAGUGUGGUGCACGUCGGGAGGGACCUCCUCGUUGAAUUUAGAUCUGGCGCUGAAGUUUCGCCCUUCGACUACAACGGAUUCGUCGCCACACUGAAUUUUGUUGAAAUAACGACAGAAGCACCCACGACUGCGAGCACUACAACGACUGUUGUCGAGAGCACGAGCAAAGCACAGCUAAUUCACUUGGAGAACGGCUUGGAUGCGUUGGUGGACAGUCCAUACUCGGUGACAUCGCCAAGUGGCAGCCAACAGCAGCAGCGCAACGGCAGUACUUCAGGAGCACAUCACCAGCGCUCCAACUGCGAUGUCGAGGUCAGUGGUGACAAGUUGAGGAUGGGCUUCCAGAGUACGCGCAGUCGGACCGCGAUCUUGGCUGCUCUGCCCGUCGUCUGUCGGCUCAGCCUCAUCGGACGCGACUACGACACCGUCCACGUGUCUUUGGCCAACUACAGUCUCAACUCGGGCGCCUGCAAAUCGCAGAUCGAAGUGUUGGGCGGCCUGAUGAAUGAUAAAAGUUCUCCGAGCAGUGCCAAAUCGAUAGGAAAAAUAUGCAGCAACGAUAACGAGAUAGCCCAUAAUCAGAAACAGACGUCGUCGAACGAGCACAACGAGCUCAAAAGGUUCUCGUCGAGCAGCAGAAACAUGACAAUCAUACUGACGCGAGCCACCGACGAAGACUACAUGGAUGUUUCGUACUACUUCCACAACGAGCGUGAGUCUGGGACACAGCAACCCAAAACUCACUGCGACGUCGAGUACUACGGUCUGAGGUCACCGAGGACGGGUAAGGUGGUACAUCCCAAGGUCAACAGGUUCAGCUCGGGAAACGUCAAAUGCAAGCAGUACUUUAUACCAGCAGCCAACCAGGCGGUCAUCAUAACGUUGAACAGUACAAUGAACCAGACGCACGACAGCCAGUGCACGACGCAGUGCGGCGAUCAGGGCUGCAGGUGCGCGAGCAACCGCUCGCUCGACGACAUCGACCACCUGCUCCUCGUCUCGCGAGUCCACGGCAACACGCUGGCAUGUCUCUGUGGAAACAAUCGGGAUUGGCUGCCGGUCGAGUUCUGGAGCACGACACCGGUGUACAUCGAGUGGUCGAGGUCGAGCCACACGAGCCUCAAUCUGAGCGCAGACUACGAGUUUGCCGACGACACGUUCUGCGGCUCGUAUCAGGCAAUCGCCGGGAAACUCGAGGGGGAAAUACGCGCCGGCUUCUCGGCCAACUUCAGCUUCGCCCUCAACCGGUACUACCAGCAAAAGUGCACUUAUCUGAUCGAGGUGCCAGCAAACCGAGAACUCGUCAUCAUGAUCGAGUCUUCCCAGACGAGACCGUGUACAGCUUGGAAUCUGACGGUGCACGAGUACAACAAGACCAGCGCGAACAACGAGGGCCCGAGGCUGCACACCUUCUGCUCCCGGGACAUUGCGAGGAACUUUACCAUCGGCCAAGAGAAGCGCUCCGUCAUCGUCAAGUUGCAAGCACUGGGUCGCACGGCUCCGCAGUACGUGCUGAGGUGGCGGAGCCAAAGUGCAACGAAGCCUCGCAACAAGAACUCGCCGAGCAGUAGCAUCAACGUGGCGAUGGUCAGCUCCUCGGCGAGUCCCAGCUUUGGUGGGUCCACGUUAUUCUUGCUGCUGUUGGUACUAAGGGCCACUGUAGUGACUGUCUUGUCCUCCUCGGACCUUGGGCGUAUUGUUGUGUAUGCUGUGCGAUAAAAUGAGCCCACGCCAAGAUACAUCUGUUGGUACCAUCGAAACAAUUCAUAUGUAUUAUCAUAUUAUAUUUAAAGACAAUUGGGAUUUUUGUAAGAUGAUGCAAAACGAGACGAAAGAGUGUGAGAGUAAAUCGCUAGAAUUGGAGUGCAAUAUAGGUGGCCAAGAGGUAUUUUUUACGAUUAGAUGACAAGUAUGUGCGGACUGUUUCAAGGAUGAAUUCCUGCUGUGCUACGUAUUUUUCGUUAUUCAGUGCUCGAUCGAAUUUCUAAAUACCAGCGAUCGAAUUGAUAAUUGUUAAAUUUUUAUUUUUAAUAAUACCCUCAUUGUAAUCGGUUUAGAUUGUUUCUCAUCAUCUCUGAUUGACAUCAUUCACCACAUUUUACGUGUAUGAAAAGGUUUAUUUUUAGCUAGAUGGUAAAGAAAUUUUUUGUACCUAUACGUGUAUAAAUUAAAAGAUCGUGUACAUAAGACAUACGUGUUUUUGCACUUUCACGAGGUCGCAAAUCAUUGAGUUUUUCGAAACAUUGUACAAAACGACCGUGAGCUGAUGGUAAAAUAUUACUAGUAUAAUUGUACAGUACACCAAAUGUAAUGAAUUAUCAUUAAACGCAGUGUGGAAUUAUUGUAAAUUAUGAAUAAAAAUAACGAUGAAUAAUGAAUUCCGUAAUGACGAGCGUUUGUAUGAAAGCGGAGGAAAAAAAGCAACAAUGUAUUUUAAUGAACGAGCUUCGCCUGUCCCCGGCAGUACUCGAUUUUAUUGUUAACCCGUAGGUUGAUCGUUCAGAAUUGUCGUGCCUAACAUUUUUAUUUGGCAAAUUUAUUGCAGGCAAUAAAAAUUAAACUUGACAUUUAGCGAAAACCAAUGCUUCUUUUGCUUCGUUAGAGAAAUAAGGGCUGGUGGGGGUGACAAUUUGUCACCCGUGGAGGUGAAUGUACAUAUACUAUAAAUCACAACAAGAAUAAUAAUUGUAGACAAGCAAAUACCAAUACACGAGCCACUCUGAGCGAUCAAUUGUUGAUGAAUCUUAUUGAUUAUUAUUAAGAAUAAACCAAUAAAUAAACUUAAUAGAAUAAAUAUACGUGUAUCAACAGUAUAAACGAAAUAGGGUUUGAUAAAAAAAAUAACAAAUAAAUAAUAAACAAUAUGUUACGCAUCUAAUAGGAAUGAAAAAUAAAGUAUGCAUCUGGUCUCAUGGCAGCAUGCGGUCCGAGACUUUUCAAGUGUAAAAAAGUCUAGUUUCCAUUGAAACGUAACGAAAAUCGAUUCAAAUAAAAAACUAUUAAUUCUAUUGGAUUGAGAAAAAAGGGCUCGAGAGCGUUUGUUCACAAAAUAAAAAUGAAUAGGCUUUAGUGAAAAUUAAGAGACAUGCUAUGUAAUUACUGUUACUAUAAACAACAAAGAAUAUGGCCCUUCUAACUUUUAAAUCCGAUAAAACGGAUCAAAUGAACUUGAAAAAUGACGUUAGUGUUGAUCGAAUGAUUUUUGUUUAUUAAAAGUCAGUUAAAAAAACGUUGAAUUGAAGAUUGUAAGAAUAGUCUUGUUCGGGACAAACCAUAAUGAUUGAUUUCGAUCAUAGGAUAAAACACGCCCUUGAGCCGUAGAGUAUAGUCACUGUAAAUAAAUGAAUCUGAAAAAAAAAAUCGAAUUUU